AUGACCGAAUGCAAACCAGCAAAAACACCCCUGGAGACAAAUUUUAAAAUUGAAAAAUCAACCGAAUUCGAUGAAGAAGUCAUGGCCAGGUACCCCUACCAAAGGCUAAUAGGUGCCCUCAUGUACUUAGCAGUUACCACUCGACCAGACAUAGCUUUUGCGGUAAAUUACAUGAGCCAGUUUAAUACAAACUACAAUGGGCAGCAUUGGAAAGCUGCAAAGCGAAUUUUACGGUAUUUAAACGGCACCAGAAACUAUGGUCUUCUUUACACACAAAACAACAAAGCACUCUACGGCGUGGUCGAUGCAGACUGGGGUGCGAACUUGAUCGAUAGGCGAUCGUACAGCGGAUACGCGUUCAUACUGGCAGGUGCAGCAGUAAGCUGGGAGGCGCGCAAACAGCGCACCGUCGCACUUUCCAGCACCGAAGCCGAGUACAUGGCUAUGACAGAAGCGACGAAAGAAGCAAUGUAUCUCCAAGGUAUUUUAAAAGACUUGGGUAUAUGCUGUCCAAAUUUUACAAUAUUCAAUGAUAGCCAAAGCGCACAAAAACUCAUUCAGUGCUUAGGCUACAGCUCGCGCACGAAGCACAUCAACGUGCGCCAUCAUUUCGUUAAAGAGUGCUACCAAAGCGGAAAGAUCGCGCUUACGUAUAUGCCGACUGAAGAUAUGCCAGCGGAUGUCUUCACAAAAAGUUUAAGCAGCGUUAAGCAUUGUAAAUGCUCUGCAGCGUUAGGCAUGGCAAGUAGUCUCACUACUUCGAGGGGAGGUGUUGGCGCAGCAAAGUAG